AUGCACGAAAAAAAUGGAAAUAAUAAUCCUCCAAAACAAAAAACCGUGGCCAUUGUGGCGCCAACAAGGUCCAACAGCUUGGAUUAUUUGAAUUUUGAAGAAAAGCGUAGGUUAAUAGCUUCUUCCUUGUCUUUGUCCGAUUUCUUGGCUGUUGGAAAUACAGAUACCAAAGAUUUGAAGGAUGGUGUCACUACAGUUAUUGUGGGUGAGUAA